AUGACAAGCACUAUCUGUUCUUAUGUGUUACGUUAUCAAUAUAUUAAUAAUACAGAUUAUUCUGACAAUCCAACUUCUGACACCAAAAUGACAGGCAAAACCAAAGAACCGCUUAUAGAAGUAGAGUUUCACCUUUUGAUGAGUGAGCAGGUGAAUUUCAAUCCAAAUCAACAAAAUGUAUACUUGGUUUUUGGCCAUGAUAGAUUAGGAGGUUGGACGUCAAGGCAAUACAAACUAUCAUGCUCCUACAGGGACAAAGAAGGCGUUUACGAACUGGCUAUUUCAGGAAAACUCCCUGCAGAUCUAAUCACAAACGACAGGUAUCUUCUGUACAAAUAUUUACUGCAUGGAAAGAAAAAGUCUGAUGUAAUAUGGGAAGACUAUGCAAGACAAGGGAAGUCAGGACAAGAUGUAAACAGGUUCAUCAAAAUACCAGCAUCUUACAAAAGAAAAGAUGUAUGGUACCAGUAUGAUGGAUUCUUCGAAAAGAAACCUGCGAGCUAUAGGGCUAUAUUUUUGAACUGGUGGAAUGAAUUGGGACUGAAACACGCAGAGAAAUGUAUUGAGACGUUUUUUCCGGAAAUCCAGUAUAAAAAAGAAAAAGGUGUUUCAGAAUUCAUGAGUCACCUACGUAUGAUGCUGACCGGGAUGAAGAAGGUUUAUCUAACUGAUGGCCAAUGCUGGAAGUCGUCCAAAGAAGAUUUUGAAAAAUUUGUUAGCAAACAAACUAUUGAAACUCUCAGGAAAAGAUGCGAAGGGAAGGAUGACAAAGAAUACAUCUCGAUUUUAUCGAUGUGUCUUCUCUUGGUACUGUCUGAAUUUGAAUCAGAUGUCUUCAGUGAAUCAGAUAUGACAAAGCUGAUGCAGCAUCUCCGUCCUUCGGUAGAUCCUGGAAGUCAAACAUGUCCAGAAUUGGAAGCUAUUACACGUUACAUGAAAGACAAACAAACUUACAUACUUAAGGCGAUUACAAAAAUUGUCCAAUGGACAAUGAAAAACACCAAGGACCCAUCUUGGCUCUACUUGAUGCCCUGGAUUCAUUUUCUGUCUGAAGAAUGUAAACCAUUUGACAAUCCACCCUUUCAGAUAAAUCAUGAUGAUAGGAUACCAAAAUGGUGGGGAAUUUCGACGGUUUAUGAGAACCUAGAUAAAUUUAAGAGCCAGUCAUGGAACAUUUUGCCGUUAGACAUGGUAAAGAAUCUGUUCCCACUUUUCAAGAUGGAUUACUUGAUGCCGCGCACAUUUUUGGCAGCGACUCCGUUAAAGGAAUUACAGGGACUGAUUUCUUUAGGGCUAUUUCCAGUUGAAGUGUGCCUUGCCAAUCUGAUUUUCCAUUUGAGAAGUAGCAGAUCAUACUUUAAAAGGGAUAGAAAGAUAGAAAAGGUGAGUACCUGUUGCGAAACCGAAACAAAAAUGAGCUACAAACUGUCCUCCCAAGUUAUCACAGAAUGUUUCAGCACUGUCGAUUGUGAAGAUGAUACUGUAUGGCGAUGUGUUCAAAUGUUUCUAAGAUGUGUAGGAAUGUUUGAAAGUUGCAACAAAGAUGGAAAUAACGGAGAUCGUCAUCGUAACCUUAUGGAAGAAAUCAAAGUUGUUGGUGAUAGAGUGACACAGUGGAUGAGUAGAAAGGAGACCCAUUACCUCACAGACAAGGAUAACGAAAAUUACUUAAAGGUUUGGAACGAGUUGCAUGCCCACGACACGGUUCGUUCGGAGAAAAUAAGGGACGCAUGGAACAAAAAGUUGUCAGAAACCUUGUCUAACAAGUUCGGGAAUCGUCUUAAAGCAAAAGAUCAUCGUAUGAGUUGGUUUGUGAAGCACUAUUGCAAAAACUUUGACAGUUUCAACCCAUACAUGCAAGAACAUUUGAGCAAACUAGCGUUUGAGGCAGUAAAAAUAGGACAUAAACAGGAAUACUCAAGUUUCACAGACAGCGAAAAUAAAAAAUUUGGGGAACUGCUGUCAAAUCUUUUUCUCACAGAAUGGAACAAGUUCGAGAAAGAAAGCAAUAACGAAGAACACACGAUGGUUCGAUUUCUUUUAAACUGGUCAGCUUUCAAUGAAUAUCUGACAAUUUAUU